AUGUCCCACCACUCCCCAUUCGCCGCGCUUGGCGCCCUCUCCUGGGAAAAGGAUCUCUCCUCCGGCGACCCGUCCUCGCUCGACGAACUCGUCUCCUCGACGCUAGCCAGCGCCGAGCUUCUCAUCAAGUCGCUCCCUACUCCAAGCCCACCAGGCUCACCGGUUCCCGCAGCCGGCGCCGGGAAAGGAGGCAGCGGCCGGGCACGCUCGCACACCGAUUCUGCGGCCGUCUCUCCCACCUCCCAGUCGCACACCAGCGGCACAGCAGCAGCCAAGGCGGCCAGAGACGAGAAGGACACAGAGGCCGUAAAGAAGCUCCAGAAGGAGUGGAAAGACCUCAAGAUCCCCCAGGGCGGCAGCAACAAUCCGCACAACAUCUCCAUGUACAAGCUCUCGGCCAAGGACGGCAAGUACGCGUGGUUUGCCCGGCGGAGCCUGCACCGCUCCGCGGGGACGUUCGAGCUGUGGGAGGCGGCGCUGAGGCGUGAGAUGCAGGAGACGCUUGCCCGGGUCGAGCGAGAACCGGGCAAGGAGCCCGGGACGGGGAAUAUCCGCGGUAUUGGGGGCGAGAGGAGAGUCUGGGGGUGGGAAGGGGAAGCGGGGAAGCUGGAUUUGUAUCAUGUCUCGGCGCGCUUCCCGGGACCGACGACGCCGCGCGACUUUGUGACGUUGCUUAUGAUGCCCAGGGAGGAGAAAUGGGGUCGUAAAGGUGGUGAAGGGAAGGAUCGUCCCACCCCAAGGCAGUUCAUGAUUGUCUCGAGACCGUGUGAUCACCCGGAUUGUCCGCCACGAUCGGGUUUCAUACGCGGUACGUACGAGUCCGUUGAGCUGAUCCGGGAGGUCCCAGUGGAGAAGCCCAUCCGGAGGGCGAGGUCAUCGAUCGAACUGAGCAGGGACGAGAUCAAAGAUGGCGCCAAGGGGACCGGGUUCGAGUCGGAAGGGGAGCAUAGGACUCGGCCGAAUAAGGAUGCUGAUGGGGCUGACACGGAAAUGGCGAUCGAGUGGCUGAUGGUCACGCGCAGCGACCCCGGCGGGAGCGUGCCCAAGUUCAUGGUUGAGAAGGGCACGCCAGGGGGUAUAAUCAACGACGCGGGCAAAUUCCUCAAGUGGCUUUCCUCGCAGACGCUGGAAGAUGUUACGAAACCACGCAGACCCCAAGAGGAUGCCGUGGAAACAAAACCCACCGGGGAGUCGCCAACCGAGGAGAAUCAGCCAGGGCAAGCCCCUGUCACUGCCUCGGUGCAGGACCAACUCCCCAAUGGCAGGACCGACCAUCACCACGAGGAAUCGCUGCCCGCUAGUGCCGGGGGCAUCUACGGCAUGCUUACCGGGGCUCUCGGCGCGGCAACCUCGGCGGUCGCGAACAGGGUAGCCGCCUUCGCCCCGUCAUCCCAAGCGACGGACUCGGACUUGAGCGACGACGAGAGCGAUACCACUUCCGAAGCCAGCUUUGCCUCGGCGGAAGAGGGCAACAAUGCCUCCCCACCCGACGACCCCCUUCCCAGCAACAACGCCCAGGACACCAGCAACAUCGAGACCGACGCCGCCUCGACCGUCUCCGAAGCCACCACCUCGCAGGCCCUGUCGCGCGAGCCGACGCCGUCGGCCGGCUUCUCGCAGGCACAGUCCCGGCACGAAAAGGAGCUGCGCAAGCUCCAAAGCCGCAUGCGCAAAGCCGAGGAGAAGCUCGAGCGAAGACGGGCCAAACACAGCAGCAACAAGACCACCACGAACACGAACACCAACACCAACACCAACACCAACACCGAGACUGCUGCCGACAGCACCGAUGCCGCCGCGAAAGAGAAAGAGGCCGAAGAGGACCAGGCCCUGGCCAAGCUGCGCGAGAAGCACGAGCGCGAAAUCGCCAGACAAGAAGAGAAGUUCCGGCGCGAGCUGGAGCGGCUGGCCCAGAAGCGGGCGGCCGAGGAGCGCAAGGCCGAGCAGCGGCGGCGCAAGCAGGCCGAGCGCGAGGAGCGGGCCAACCUGGCCAUGGAGCUGGUCCGGGUCCGGGCGGAGCGGGACGUGGCGCGCAAGGAGGUCGAGAUGCUGCGCGAGCGGGUCGGCGAGCUGCAGGGCCAGAAUACCCGCCUAGUGGCACGACUGGGCAGGGAGGGGAUCAAGGUGGAUGAUGUUGCCGAGUUGGAACCAAGGGCGGGGAGGGAGAAGGGGGAGGUUGGAAAGGGGGGGAAAUAA